AUGAAGGCCCUAAUUCUCGUCGGCGGCUUUGGCACUCGCCUUCGCCCUCUCACUCUGACCCUCCCCAAGCCUCUGGUCGAGUUCGGCAAUAAGCGGAUGAUCCUGCACCAGAUCGAGGCCCUUGCAGCUGCUGGUGUUACCGACAUUGUAUUGGCUGUCAACUACCGCCCCGAGAUUAUGGAGAAGUACCUGGCCGAGUACGAAAAAGAAUUCGGCAUCAACAUCACCAUCUCGAUCGAAUCCGAGCCCCUCGGCACGGCCGGCCCGCUCAAGCUCGCCGAGGAGGUGCUCCGUAAGGACGACACCCCCUUUUUCGUGCUCAACUCGGACGUGACGUGCGAUUACCCCUUCAAGGAGCUCGCCGCCUUCCACAAGUCGCACGGCGACGAGGGGACCAUUGUCGUGACCAAGGUGGAGGAGCCCUCCAAGUACGGCGUCGUGGUUCACAAGCCGGGGCACCCGACCAAGAUUGACCGCUUCGUCGAGAAGCCGGUCGAGUUUGUGGGCAACAGGAUCAACGCGGGCAUGUACAUUCUCAACACGUCGGUCCUUGACCGCAUCGAGCUGAGGCCCACCUCGAUCGAGCAGGAGACCUUCCCCGCCAUGGUGAAGGACGGGCAGCUGCACUCUUUUGACCUGGAGGGCUUUUGGAUGGACGUCGGGCAGCCAAAGGAUUUCUUGACGGGGACGUGCCUGUACCUGUCGAGCCUGGCGAAGAAGCAGAGCAAGCUGCUGACCCCGACGACGGAGCCGUUUGUGUACGGGGGGAACGUGCUGAUUGACCCGAGCGCCAAGAUUGGGAAGAACUGCAGAAUAGGGCCCAACGUGACGAUUGGGCCGGAUGUGGUGGUGGGGGAUGGGGUGAGGCUGCAGAGGUGUGUGCUGCUCUCGGGGGCCAAGGUGAAGGAUCACGCUUGGGUGAAGAGCACGAUUGUGGGGUGGAACAGUGUGGUGGGGAGGUGGGCGAGGUUGGAGAAUGUGACGGUGUUGGGGGAUGAUGUGACGAUUAGUGAUGAGGUUUAUGUUAAUGGGGGGAGUGUGCUGCCUCACAAGACGAUCAAGGCGAAUGUGGAUGUGCCGGCUAUUAUUAUGUAA